CGAGGGGAAGCGGCGAUGUCGCCCGGAGUCAACGGCGGCGGCAGUGGCGGUGGCGCGGGUCCCCGCAACACGGGCACCCUGCCGAAGAGCAACCGCAGGAACGACAGGAACCGGGAGCGGUCCGCCGUUAACCAGCAGCUCGCGAACCGCUCGGCUUACCACGGCCACCCGCAGCACUUCAACAACUUGUGCCAACUGGACUGGCAAGUGGCGAGCGAGUGCGAGCGCGAGGCGAGAGUACCGAGGGAGGCGAAGAACAGCAACACGAGGUCAGCUUCCUCUCAGCUGCAUUCUUCGUACUUUACCACGUACCAAGACUUACCCGACUUUGCGUCGCACAAUUCGGCGAGACAGUGCAAUUACAGUACAGAAGAUUACAUACCCUGGUUUAAAAUGGUACCAUUUACUGAUCCUAGGACUCAGUCGCCGUCGCAAUUACAGGGGGCUAAGCCCUCCAAUGUGAACAAGAUGCCCGAUAGACACCAAGUAGAGACCCGUUUAAAUCAGAUCAGAGACUACAUCAGGACCACUGCGACAAUGAUAGACUCUCUCAAUCAAUCUUCCGAUCCUCGCGCACAGGCUCAGAGGGAAAAGCUGAGUAAAAUGGUGGACGAUCUUCACGAUAGCGAGACAAAGCUCUCCAAAUUGUUGGAGCAGUAUCACAAUCAUGGGAUUCCCGAUGAGAAUGGCGAAUACGGAAGAGAGGACAUGGACGAAUGCAACGCCAGAGAGAUGCAAUUACGGAGGAACAUGGAGGAGUAUCAGAACAAGCUCGCGCAGUUGCAGGAGCAGCAGGCCAGUUUAGCGGACAUGCAGAUGUGCGUCAGGGAGAGACUGAACAAGGCGCGUCAGGCGCAACAGAUGCUUCUGCAGCAAGAGAAUCAGAAUACGCCCAAUUCCGCCACGUGGGAGGACAAUCGUGCGUCCCUGCCGAGUCCCUCCAAUGUCGAGCAGCUCGAGUCGGAAACGGCGGUGUUGAGAGGCAAACUGGCACAGCUGCAGACAAAGAAGAAACAAAUGGAUCAUCUUGUGGCGGAAUUACAAGCGAUAGAGACGUCCGACAGAGGCAGUUGUAGCUCGGAAGGCUCGAGAAACACAAUAAAGGACAAGGCCGCGGAAUUGGAGACGAUGAAGGCGCAGCUUGCACACAUAAAGGCUCUAAUGGAGGACAGUGUUAAAAUUCGUGAUUCCAUCGACUCCUCGUCCGAGCCCGAUCAGGAUAUUGAUGCGCAUGAUGAAAGUGCAGACGGGAUUGUCGAGGAUAUGUCGUUUGAGAGAAGCAACGAUGUCAAUCAUGCAAAACUUCGAUGUUUCGAGUCUAAUAUUUCAGAGAUACGGGCACUGACGUCAGAGCUUAAAGAACAAUCGGCCUUGCUGCACACUACGCGAGCCGAAUUGCAGCGUUUGAAACAACCAUUAACUGCAGCCGCUCACUCUGCCUCUACGAACUCUCGUCCUCCGCCAGCGCUUAUACCUCUAGGCGCAAACGAAAAGAAGCAGAGUUGUAACGCCAGCACAGAGAGUCAAUCUAAGCAGACGAAAAGAAGCCAACUGGAAGAUCUGAUAAGAAAGGAACCAACGCAGCCUUCCAAUAUGAAUCGGGACGUUCAAGCGUUAGAUCAAAACAGUCAAAGGAGCUCCGGUUCCCAAGCUAGUCAUACCAGUACGCCGGCAAAUAUCUGGCCGUCCGCCGCUGGAGGUGGAGGAGGUUCCAACGAGCAAAGCGUAGAUGGUGUAUCUACGUCAGAAAAUUUAUUGGAUAUCGGUCCACCUGCUGCUAUCGAGAAUGGCGGAGUUGUGGGAAAUUUAUGGGCCUGCCCCAUACCACCUCCGUCUAUUAAUCAAGGACAACCUGCCACGGUCGAGUAUUAUCGGCAGUUAUUACUGGGUUCGCAAGCCCAUCAGUUGCAAAUGAUGGGUACAACGAUGCAACAGUGCUAUCAGCUUCUGUGGACGCAGCAACGCGAAUUGUACACCAUGCGCGCUGCCAUUACCGAUCUGCAGAUGCGAACGCAAAAUCAGGCCCCGCAACGCGUCAACAACGCUGAAAGUCAGGAGGAACAUUCUAAUCUGGGCCGUAGCGUUCACAAUCUCGGCGAUACGUUGGACGCGACUUUACCUCCCAGCUCGUCCUUACCAAAUCUCGUGUCGCUACCUAAUUCCUCAGCAGCGUUAUCGCACACUCCGAUAGUUAGCUCGAACUCGCAGCAGCAGCAACAGCAGCAACAGUUGAACAAUCAGGUUCCUCCUGGUAAUAGAGCGAACAACUACUGGGACAAUUUUCGAAGUUAUUCCCGACAGAAUCUGCUCUCGGGAAAUGUGAAGACAAUGACUGAUGUUCCGACGGCUAUAGGAAGCUCGGCGUGUUCCGCAAACACGGCUAAUACAAGCGGAAGCAGCGUUAACAGUUCGUUAAUAAAAGAUAAGCGGAAUCGAGAGCAAGGUUCUGACAACUUACCUUUACCGUUAACCGGCGCGGAUACGCAAUAUUCAUUGAAUUUACAAUUGCCGUCGAAUUUACAACAACAGGACAGAGAAAAUGCUACUAUCCGCAGUAACAUCAUAGCAAAUGAAGUGUCUCAACAAGUCGAUAACCUUUGGGAGGAAGCUCACAGUUCUUUUCGAUUACCGUCUGCGAUGAACGAUGAUAAUCUCUUUAAUAAUCUAAGUUCAGAAAUGAAGGAGGCGAUCAGUUCGCUCGUCACGGCGAACAAACGACGGCCCGAUUACUUAAUAAUUAUUUUGCGAGAGAUCAAGGCUGUUAGCGAGGAUCACAGACUGCGGCCUCAUUUGUUAAGAUCGUUACGUGCUUUACAGGACAAGCAAACCUUAAAUAAUCCCUUGAACGAAGCACCUGACUUAACUGCAAGCGAAAGUUGUCAGUCUAGCGACGAAGACUCGGAUGUCGGUGCGACCUUUACUUUGGAAAAUCACACGUCUAUGAUGGAAUUGGUCGCGACAUCUCACGUAGACACUGCCUCUUCUCCCGCUUCGUCUCAAUUACCACUAAUAGAACAUUUGGAAAUAACGGGCGCCUUUCCACUUGACUCUGCGAGUACUGUCCCUUCUGCUCCUAACGCUAAACCUGGUUAUAACGAGGACUUGGCAGAAGCUGAUCAAUCAAGACCGGAAGCUUCGGGAAAUCAAAAACUUCCCAUUAGCAAUAUAGAUAACGAAGAAGGGCAAGAAGAAGCAGCGUCUUAUCCGAUUACCGCAGAGGCAGCUACUCCCGAUCUUGAAGGUCUGGCUGCGAAGACUGAAGACGAAAGAGCGGAGGAUACUGGACUUGACAGUUUUUUCAGAUUGCGUGAUUAGAUGGAGUGUUUAGAUUGCAUCUGUUAAUCACGAUGUGAUACAAUGACAUUUUAAGCGCGAUAUUCAAAAGAAAGUGGACACGUACCGUAAUCUUUGAUAAGAUAUUGAUUUACUACUGCUUCCGUAUACAAAAAUAUUAACUAACAUAUAAACGAAGUCUGAUAUGCAUAGUAAGAGCUAUUAACUUAGAGGCUCGCUAAUAUUGCAGUUUAAACGGAUACAGGCAGGAAAGAUCAGCUAUAAAAUUAAGUUUGCAUCGUAUAAAACAUGUAUCACGCCAAUAUAUGCAAUAGAUGUAUACAUAUACAUACAUUCUCGAGUUAUAAAAUUGAUGGGCAAUGCGAACGAUGCAGAUGCAAUGUAGAUAUUGGCAGCUGAGUGAAACCCCAUAAGGUUUAAUUAUCUAAUGUAUCAUUUAUAAUUAUAUAUUUAAACAAUGAUUUAUUUAUAAGAAAAAAAAGUACCUACUACAAUUGAACCAUUAAACUGCGGUAUAAUGUAAUGAGCGUUUCGCGUGUGAAUAAGCGAGCGGUGGCAGAAAAAUGCAUGCGAACGAUACUAAUCUAUGAUAUUUGCAAUGGAAAUUUAAUCAGCUACAUUGUCGACACGAAACAAGAUAUUUCGAAUAUGUUUAAUUUUGGAUUCGAGCUACAAAGAUUUUUAAUUUGCAUUCAAAA